CGGAAGCUCCCCGAGUUUCGUUUCUCGGGAGCAGCUCCGGGAGCGGCGGCGGCCAGCGAUGGAGCUCCGCGGGUACCAGCGGGAGGCGGCGGCCCCGGCCCUGCGCGGCCGCAACUGCAUCAUCUGGCUGCCCACGGGCGCCGGCAAGACUCGCGUGGCUGCCCACGUCUGCCGGCAGCACCUGCAGAGCCGCAGCGGGGCCAAGGUGGCCUUCCUCGUCAACAAGGUGCACUUGGUGGACCAACACGCCCAGAAGGAGUUCCAUGAGCUGCAGAAGGACUUCAAGGUGGCGGCCGUCAGCGGCGAGAGCAGCCACAAGAUCUUCUUCGCCGAGGUGGUGAGGCAGAGCGACGUCGUCAUCUGCACGGCGCAGAUCCUGCUGAACGCUCUGGGCAGCGGCCAGGAGGACACCCACGUGGAGCUGCCGGAUUUCUCGCUGCUGGUGAUCGAUGAGUGCCACCACACCCACAAGGACGCCGUCUACAACAGGAUCAUGCUCGGCUACCUCCAGCGCAAGCUCGGUGGGCAGCAGGACCUGCCGCAGGUCCUGGGCCUGACGGCUUCCCCUGGCACCGGUGGGGCAACCACCCUCGAGGGGGCCAUACAGCAUGUCCUGCAGAUCUGUGCCAACCUGGACACGGAGGAGAUCUCAUCAGCACAGGAGGAGGUGCAGCAGCUGCAGAACCAGGUGCCCCAGCCCAGGAAGCAGCACGACCUGUGCCAGGAGAGAGUGCAGGACCCCUUUGGUGAGAGGCUGAAGAAGAUAAUGGAGCAGAUCCAGGAGUACAUGGAGAUGCCUGACCUGCCGCGGGACUUCGGCACGCAGAUGUAUGAGCAGCGCAUCGUGGAGCUGGAGAAGGCAGCGUCGGAGGGGUUCUGCCGCAGCAGGCGGCUGUGCGCCCUGGCCCUGCGCCGGUACAACGACGCUCUGCUGGUCAGCGAUGCUGUGCGCAUGGUCGACGCCUUCCAGUGCCUCCAGCAGUUCUAUGCUGACCAGGGCGAUGCCAAGGACCCGACUGAACGCUUCCUCAGUGCCACGUUUGAGGAGAACAGGGAGAGCCUGCAGGCACUCGCUGGGGACCAGCGCUACAAGAACCCCAGGCUGAGCAAGCUGGAGGAGAUCCUGCAGGAGCACUUCCAGCCCCUGGGCACCUCUCGUGGCAUCGUCUUCACCAAGACAAGGCAAAGUGCCCACAGCCUGCUGAGCUGGCUGCAGGACACUGCUGCACUCCGGCACAUCAGGGCUGCUGUCCUCACUGGUGCCAGCUGCAGCAACCAGACCAAGGCCAUGACGCAGAAUGAGCAGCAGGACACCAUCAAGCGGUUCCGUGAGGGAGCCCUCAACCUGCUCUUCUCCACCAGCGUGGCCGAGGAGGGCCUGGAUAUCCCUGAGUGCAACAUUGUGGUCCGCUACGGGCUGAUGACCAACGAGAUCGCCAUGGUGCAGGCCCGGGGCCGCGCUCGUGCCCAGGACAGUGUCUACUCCGUUGUCGCCAAAGCCCACAGCAGGGAAGUCUCUCGAGAGCUGCUCAAUGAGAGCCUGGUGGAGCUCAUGGAGAGGGCAAUCAGAGUGGUGCAGGCCAUGCCCAAGCAGGAAUAUCACCUCAAGAUCAGGGAGCUGCAGCAGGUGGCUGUUGCCAGCUGGCAGCUGAAGGAGGCCAGGCUCAGCCAGCGGCGGCGGCUGCACGACCCUGGCACCGUUCGUCUGUACUGCGCCGGCUGCGGCGCGGCCGCGUGCCAGGGCAGCCACAUCCGCACCGUGGAGGGCAUUCACCACGUCAGCAUCCACCCCGGGCUCUCUUACAGAGUUUCCUCAGGGAAAAUGCACUUCCAGAGGACUUUCAAGGACUGGGAGCCAGGCUGCCGCAUUGCAUGCAGCCAGUGCAGCCAGGACUGGGGGCUGGAGAUGAUCUACCGCCAGGUGAAGCUGCCCAUCCUCUGCAUCAAGAGCUUCGUGGUGGAGACGCCGGCGGAGAGGAGGAGGUACAAGAAGUGGAGCGCUGUGACCUUCCCCAUCGAGGAGUUUGACUACACCGAGUACUGCUGCAGCACCCACAGCCAAUCCUUCUAGCCUGGGCUCUGCUCCCAAGAGGACUCUUCCCAGGACACCCCCUGGGGCAGUGGGACCAUUACCAUCACCCUUGGCAUGGGACCUUCCAUCCAGGCCUGUGCAGAGUCAGCCACAGCUUUCUCCUCUUCCUCACUGGACUGAGCCAGGGCAGCACAUCCCUUGCUAGAGCCUGCAGGAGGCUUUGCUGUGCCCAUGCAGGAAGGAGAAGACCUGGGGGAGACAGCAGCUGAACCCUGCCCUGCCCUCUGCCUGCUGCCUUUCCCUCCUGCCCCAGGGGCCCAGCACAUGGUCCUGUGCUUCUCUGGCAGCUUCCAAGCUGUCUCCUGUGGUUCUGCAUUAAAGACCUGGAUGUGAACUGGGGCCAGAGGAAGUGCUGCUGGUGGUGAGAGCUCACUGUGUGCAGGGGGUCGGUGCAGGGUGACACUUGCACCAAAGCCAGAGCCCCCCACUGCCUGCUGGACACCCAGAUCCCACCGUGCUGG